UGUUGCCAAAUGAAACAGUUCAAAGAUGGAAGCCAUCAAGACGUUGCUCGACAAACUGCGAGAAACCGUGACGCCGAAUUCUGCUGCCAUAAGAAUCUCCGACAACGGCCGUAUCAGUCUCUUAGCCAUGAACGACGAACCAUAUGACGACGAGAAUCACUCCAACGAAAUCCAAGAUGACACUCCUCAAAUCCAAUUGAGCCCUCAACAACUAUACUCCCACCUCCGCCUAGACCCUUCCAACCCCUCCAUUCGCGUUUUGGACAUCGAUCCACCCCACCCAAGAAGGAACCCAGACGCUCCUCUCCGGGGUACCCUCCGCGUAGUCCAUCUAUCCGGCCUCCCCGCCUUUACGGCCCUUUCAUACACCUGGGGUCCUUACUCUUCUCCUAUCGUGGACACCAUCCGUUGCAAUGGCUAUUGUGACAUACGCAUUACUAAGAACGGCCGCGAUGCACUUCUCGCUCUUCGAAAACGGCAUUAUGCGGGGGGUCCGGUGUGGAGUAGGACAACUCUCCCGCUUACUAUUUGGAUUGAUGCCAUCUGCAUCAACCAGGCUGAUGACGCGGAGAAGGCCGGGCAAAUUGGGUUAAUGGCUGAGGUGUACACGUGGGCGAGGACGGUGUGGGUGUGGCUGGGGAAAGGGGACGAGAGGACCGCCAGGGCCGUAAGGGGUUUGGAGAGAGCGGCAAAACUCAGGAUUGCGCCUGUUGGGGUGCCGUGGAUUGAAAAAGGCAUGUACGCCGCCCGCGGUCCGAGGCCGGUGGCGUACUACAAGAUGCAACUGGCCAAGAGUAUGGUCAGGGUGUUCUUGCGGACCUACUGGCACCCCGUUCUAUCGUUUCUCGAAGCAUGUGCCCUUGGUAGACCUCAGAAGGGCGGUUUGCUGGCGUCCGGAGAUAUCGAUUGCUUGCUGGAUAGGGAGUGGCUGGAGCGAGUGUGGACAUUCCAGGAGAUUGUGCUGGCGAGCAAUCCCAUCAUUGUCUGUGGAGAGGAGACGAUCGGUUGGGCGCAAUUCCAGCAAGGGCUCGACUGCCUUGAUCGAAUGAGGCCGUCCUUUCCAAGCACGGGCAGCAUCUGGGGCGACAGCAGCAGAAACGGGCCCGCUUCAUCCAUCAAAUUGCGGUACCAGCUUUUCAAGGGCUGGGCCAUUUCCGAAGACUUCCAAACUGGCAGCGAUUUGACGAGUCGGGCUGAUGAAUCCAUGACAAUAUCAGAUGUUUCACAGCGAUGGUCGAACCUUUUCCACGUCUGGCGAACGGUUUCUCGCCCCACGAGCUGGAAUGGACGAGCUUUUCGCAGUGUGCCCAAGCUGAAUGGUCCAGAGCAGAACGGCAACAGCUUACAGAACGAAGGCUUUGCAAACUAUUUCUCCGUCAAGAAAUACGAAGGCCAAUUCAACAUCGGAAGACUAUGGAAUCAAGUCAGACUCAUGAUUCUACUCCCAUACGUCGGGCUCUUAACAGUUUCUAUUGCCAUCGCAAUAUGGGCUACAUGUAGCUUUGUAUUGGCUGAUGGCUUCGCAGAGGUCAAAAAGACGUAUUUCUUUACUUCCAUGUUUGCAACAUUCUUUGUUUUCAGCAAUUUCAUCCCAUUUCUUAUUUAUGUUUCUCUUACCAUGGGCUAUCCUACUGUAGGGACACAUGCGCAGUCCGACGUCGAUGCGGCCAACGGUUUGGUUGCAAUCAUCCGCGUCCUUAGGGACCGUAAGGCCCAAGAGGCCCACGACAAAUCAUUUGCCACGCAUGGUGUACUGAAGCGACUGGGUAUCUCGCUUCCACAGCCUGAUUACAAAAAACCGCUCGGAAAAGUGUACCACGAGCUAUACACCGAGUUGGUAAAACGGGAACCAUCGUGUAUCGCCCUCCUAUCGGACGUAAAAGGACCAGCACUGCAAGGAGCACCGAGCUGGGUUCCGAGCUGGGGAUCAGAGAAGCUACAUUUGGUGAAAGAUGAUACUAUCUACAGCCGCAUCGAAGAUCCGUCAAGGCCAGACUCUUUGGACUUGGUGAAGUGGAAUUCGGAAACCGAGAUCGUCGUCAAGGGAUUCUUCAUUGGAGAGUUAAGUUACACUUCACAGCCUAUCGGACGCGAAAAACGAAUGGAUAACGUUGAGCCCGUAUGGCGUGGCUCCCUCACUGCUAUUGACGAGUGGCGGCGAGAGCUCGUCGAGUUAUACGCACGACAAACGCCCCGGUGCGAGUACAACUCGUUCUCGAUAUCUCUGACGCUGUGCCCAUCCAGUCAGUCAUCGCCAGCAGAUUGGUGUGAAGAGGACUUUAGGCGAUGGCACAAGAUUCUGACCUCACCUGGCUAUGAUGAUGCCUCUAGGCAUGAGUUGAUUGAGCUGGCGCUGUCAGAGCGGGAGUUCCAAGCGCGCAGAUUUACCGAUUAUAUCUGCCGAGGUUUUGCCGGCACUGCCAGCCUGUUUGUUUCGAAUGAUGGAUUUGUUGGAAAAGGACCGAGCGGGAUAGAGAAGGGAGAUGAGAUAUACCUGAUCGAUGGUGUCGGUCAGCCCAUGAUAAUGCGGAAGCAGGGGGUCAGUGGCAAGUACAGAGUCAUCGGUCCAGCUUUUGCUUGCCAUAUAAAAGAUCUUCAUACAUUCGAAGAUGGAGACCGAGGGGUCCUGGAUAGCAAACGGUGGGGGCCGGUUACCCUUGUCUGA